UAAGUGCGUGUGUUUUCAAGCUCAAUACAACUGCCCUUCCUGGCUCUUUUUCACGUCCGCGAUUGCAAUCACUACCGCCAUGGCGUCACAGUACACUAUACGGUGCACCACGUCCGUCCCGUGGCAAGCGACCAGGCGUGCCUCCACGUACGUCUUGGGCCUCUUAGCUGAGCAGGAUCCGGAAAAAGCAGUUCUUGACCGACUAGGAAUCCAUUCAUGGACGAACAUUUACAAGAACAGCACCAUGGAAGCAACGUAUAGGGAUUAUUGCCAGUCACAGACUCUGCUAACGAACAUCGUUAUCCUCACUGUUUGCGGUAUCAUGACUAUCGGCAACUCGGUCCCGCAGAUCACGCAUACUCUGCCUGAGCGGCAGGGCCUACUCCUUGGAAUCAAUAUUGCAAUUAAAUGGUGUCAUACUCGCCGCCGCCAUCUUCGCAUCCUUCGUCUCCCUACGUCGAUCAUCCUCUCGCUGUGUAUCAGCUACCACCCUGUCGCGCGGAGUGGCAUUGUGGGGAUCGGCGUUCCUCGCGACAUCAUUUGUCAUCAACUUCAUCGUUUCCGAUCGGAAGAAGCUGUUUGCCAGCGAGAACGACGUGGAAACAUACAACAGGAAGUUUCUCCUGCCGAGCUCAUCAUCACUUGGAAUAUUUUAAUGACGUUUGCAUGCCUGGUAUGACCAAUCCUCGUUCCUACGUGCGUGGCACUCGGCUCCUUGCUGAUCGCCGCCCACGUUUCCUUGAUAGUUUCAUGAUAAAUUGGUGUGCCAUCUCGUGUAUCUACUCGGGUGCCGAAUAUUGUUGCGCUCCGCAAUUUGUCGGGGAAUC